AAAUCUCAUUGACAAGAAACCAACCACUAUCCAUUUCAUUUUCAUUACAUUACACACUGAUAGAGCCCCACACUCAGUCAAGUAAUGAAAAACACUGUCCGAAGGAAAACCUGUCAGAUCUGCCUGCAUUCAAACACUUGCCUUUCCACUUCACUUCCCUUUCCCUUCCCCCUUGCUGCUAAUAGUAACCAAUAAAAUUAUCUUCCCAAAAGAUUUUAUGUUUUUCUUCUUUCCAUCCAUGGUUAUGGAUGUGAUCAAUGAAAUGGGAAUGUACAGUUUCUAGUAUUUGUUGCUCCGGGGUGCUUCUUCUUUUGUUGAUUUGAACCAACCAAAAAGAAAAUGUCGGAUAUGAGAAUAUCUGAUCCAAGCAGGCUGCACUUGAAGAAGGAGCUCACGCAAAUCCGGAAAGCUGCCCGCGUUUUGCGGGAUCCUGGUACCACUUCUUCUUGGAAGUCACCUCUCAGUUCCUCUAGAUCUGUAGCAGCAGCAGCAGCAGCAGCAGCGGCAGGUUCGGCUUCUACUUGUAGUGCUUUAAGAAACAAUUUCGAUAAUGAAAGUUUAAAUAGGCCAAAUGGGAAUGCUUAUUUGGAUUCAUCUCAGUUACCCUUUAGAGUUGAAAGCAAUGGCCAUGGUUAUAAAAACAAUGCCAUUAAUAGUAAUGGCAUUGAGAAAGAGAAGAGGGUCUUCCUUUAUAAUUGGAAGAGUCAGAAAUCAUCAUCAAUAAAUGUAGAGGAUGAUGAUGAUGAUGAGGAUGAUGAUUAUGAUGAUGAUGUUGAUGAUGAUGAUGGGGAGCAGUCUUCUUCUUGGAUUCAAGGCAGCUUUGAUGAUAAUAGCUUGAGUGAUGCUAGGAACUGUGGGGAUUCAAAGAGUGAUACCUAUUUGGGUGAGAGUCGUUCUGCUUCAAUGAUGUUCCGGUGUAGAGAUGCAAAUCUCGUCUCAUUAGUCACACCAUCCACCAGAAGAAUGUUGGGGCCCAACAAAAAGAAUAAGAAAAAUAGUGCCCAUUUGGAUGUUCUUUCUAGAUAUGAACAAAACAAGAGUGCUGUUGCUAGAAAUUCAGUCAAUUCAAGAAAAUUUCUCAAGGCUCAUCCUGCAUUGGCUUUAAAUUUAGGAAGGGAUGAUUCUGUGGAUCAAUCCGAUGACACUGAAGAUUUUAGUAAUUCUGAGGAUUUCCGCAAGAUUUCGGGGCCAUCCCCACUGCUUCUUAAAGUCAAGCAGAAGAACUGGUCACAUGCAUCCUCUAGAUUGUUGAAAACUGGCAGAAAGGAGGAUUCUUCUUAUUCUUAUAGCACCCCAGCUUUGUCAACUAGUUCUUACAAUAGGUAUUUUAACCAGAACCCAAGCACUGUUGGCUCGUGGGAUGCAACCACGAUUUCAUUGAAUGAUGGGGAUGACGAGGUGGAUGAUCCUUUGGAUUUGCCAGGUCGGCAAGGUUGUGGGAUUCCUUGCUAUUGGACAAAGAGGACCCCAAAACAUAGAGGGGUUUGUGGGAGUUGUUACUCUCCUUCCCUCUCUGAUACUUUAAGGAGGAAAGGAAGUAGCAUUCUCUGCGGAAGUCAGCCGGUGUACCAUAGACAUAGACAUUCAUCAUCACUUUCCAAUAAGCAGAGAAUUGCUUUAAGAAGUGCUCAAGGUCUUCUCCCAUUGCUCAGCAAUAGUGGCGAUAGGAGAGGAGGGUCAUCCAUUGGAACCAGGUGUAGUGAUGAUGAGCUCUCUACAAACUUUGGGGAGCUUGAUUUGGAGGCCCUAAGUAGAUUGGAUGGAAGGAGAUGGUCAUCAAGCUGUAGGAGUCAAGAUGGGCUAGAGAUUGUAGCUCUUACAGGAGAAGGAGAAGAGGAGGGUACACCAGAAAAUAUUAAGAGCUUGAGCCAGAAAUACAAACCAAUGUUCUUUGAUGAACUGAUUGGGCAGAAUAUUGUGGUACAAUCUCUUAUGAAUGCUGUUUCAAGGGGAAGGAUAGCCCCUGUCUAUCUUUUCCAAGGUCCCCGCGGGACUGGAAAAACAUCAACAGCAAAAAUUUUUGCUGCUGCUUUGAAUUGUCUUGCUACCGAAGGUGCUAAACCUUGUGGGUACUGUAGAGAAUGUGCUGAAUUUGUUUCUGGGAAAAGCAGGGAGCUUUGGGAAGUUGAUAGCACCAAUAAAAAAGGAAUUGAUGGAGUUAGAUACCUUUUGAAAAGCCUGUCAAAGGGGCUUCCAUCAAGCUCAUCGCGGUACAAGGUUUUUGUUAUUGAUGAGUGUCAUUUGUUGCCUUCUAAGAUCUGGCUGGCAUUGCUUAAAUUUCUUGAAGAUCCUCCACCACGUGUUGUAUUCGUAUUUAUAACAACUGAUCUUGACAAUGUGCCACGUACUGUGCAAUCACGAUGUCAGAAAUACCUCUUCAACAAAAUAAAAGAUGGUGAUAUCAUGGCAAGGUUGAGGAAGAUCUCUACUGAUGAGAAGCUUGAGGUUGAAUCAGAUGCCCUGGAUUUAAUUGCAUUGAAUGCAGAUGGUUCACUUCGUGAUGCAGAAACUAUGCUAGACCAGCUAAGUUUGUUGGGUAAAAGAAUCACUACAUCUCUUGUCAAUGAACUUGUAGGGGUUGUUUCAGAUGAGAAGUUACUGGAACUUUUGGAAUUAGCAAUGUCAUCUGACACAGCAGAAACAGUAAAAAGAGCUAGGGAAUUGAUGGACUCUGGGGUUGAUCCAAUGGUUUUGAUGUCCCAACUGGCCAGCCUUAUUAUGGAUAUCAUUGCUGGAACAUACAAUAUUGUUGAUUCUAAGUACAGCCACUCAUUCUUUGGUGGACGAGCUUUGAGUGAAGCAGAACUGGAGAGAUUAAAACAUGCUUUGAAGCUUCUUUCAGAAGCUGAGAAACAACUAAGGGUUUCAAGUGAACGUUCAACAUGGUUUACGGCAACUCUGCUCCAGCUUGGUUCCUUGCCUUCACCAGAUCUCACUCAGUCAGGCAGCAGCCGGAGGCAGAGCUCUAAGACUACGGAGGAUGACCCAUCAAGCACUUCAUGGGAAGCUACAGCUUACAAGCAAAAGUCAGGAAUUCAGUAUAUGCCUCGGAAAUCAACUUCUCCUGCAUCCUUACACAAAUAUGUGAAUGGGAAUUCCAACCAUCAGGGAGAAUUAUUGUCAAGGAUUGAUGGUUAUGAUUCUGAUCUUAAACCUUCACAAGGUCGAAUUAUGGAUGGUGGUGCCUUACCUGCUGCAUGUGACAAUAAUUUGAGUGGAAAUAUGAUACUUACAUGCAGAAAUUCAGAAAAAUUAGAUGAAAUCUGGGCAAAGUGUAUUGACAAGUGCCACUCAAAGACAUUGAGACAGCUGCUACAUGCUCAUGGGAAGCUUUUGUCUCUCGCUGAAGUAGAAGGUGUUCUAAUUGCCUAUCUUGCAUUUGGGGAUGGAGAUAUCAAGUCUAGGGCUGAAAGGUUUUUGAGCAGUAUUACAAACUCUAUUGAAAUAGUGAUGAGACGUAAUGUAGAAGUUCGAAUAAUUCUCUUGACAAAUGGUGAGGUUUCUUUAAACCAUGCAAAUCCAGCUGAAAAGCCGGAAAGUCUGCAGCAGGCUGAAACUGCUGUCGAAAUUGAGAAGGAAAGAAAGGCCAUUUCUAAAAUUGUGGGAGAUGGUUUUUCUAGUUUAAACUUACAUCAGGAGUCACGAAAAGUAUCCAAGGAAAGUUUUAGUGAUUUGGAAGGUAAACUGAGAGGAGUACAAGAUUAUUCUAAUUGCUCGGCACAAUCCAUUGUGCGAACACCUGAGUUAUUAGCUGAAGGCAAUGCUGAAAUUGGCAGCUCAAAGGAGAGUAGACAAGAGAUUCCGAUGCAGAGAAUUGAAUCCAUUAUACGUGAGCAAAGGUUAGAAACUGCCUGGUUACAAGUUGCAGAGAAAGGCACUCCUGGAUCAUUGAGUCGGUUGAAGCCUGAAAAGAAUCAGGUUCUGCCUCAAGAGGUCUUUCGUCAAAGUAAUUUGGGAUCAAUGAAUUCCUCAGCAUUCUCCUCCCAGCAAUGGGAGGAUGAACUAAACCAUGAGCUUAAAAUUUUGAAAACAAAUGAUGGUCAAGGACAAGCGAUUCAAAAGGACCAGAUGGCUAGAAGGGGUGAUCAAUAUCCCAUGUCUCCCAGCUUGCUGCACAAUAGCAGUUUAAGCAAAGAAAACCUUGGAUAUGAUUCGGGGUCAGGAAAUGGAGGAUGCAGUGGGCUUUUCUGUUGGAACAACACCAAGCCUCAUAGAAGGGCAAAGGUAAAGGGAACCCCUGUUCGAGCACGAAGAAGUGGACGAUUUUCAUUGUUUGGUGAGUGUGGGAAAUCAAAGAAAAUUGAAAACAGACGUAGAAGGACCGGAAACCAACAAAUAUAACAACAGAAGAAAACCUAGGUAUAUCAGCAGCUCCUGGAGAGGUCAGCGGUGAGCUAUACUAGUAUCUUCCUUGUAGCAGAUUUUGAUAUCUACACAGAGAAAAAGAGUAAAAAGUGUAAUAUAUUGACCAAGUUUUUCUAGUUUGGUGUAAUGGAUUUAAUGUGUUUUUUUUUUUUUUUUAUUGCCCUUCAGACUGAAGAAUCUAAUCUAAUAAAGCCGUAAAUGGCUAAACCAUAUAAAAGCUUCCUCUUUCACUAGGUAGGGUAAUUGUAUGUGUUGUAUAUAGAUAUAUUUUGUAUUAAGUAUUUAUUAUUUGUAAAAGAUAUUUUUUAUUUUCAAAAGAUUUAUGAAUAUCAAUUACUUGAAA